GAGGAAGAGGAGGAGGAUUCUUGUCUCUCUCUCACUCUCUCUCCCUCUCUCUCUCGCGCUCUCUCUCUUUCUCUCCCUCGCUCUCUCUCUCAAUCAGCGCGUCUCCUCCAGCACAGCCAAGAGUUGCCGUUCAGAGCUCGGAUGCCAAAACGCACAAGAGGAGCUGUGCCAAAGGGUCAUUUGUUGUUUUUUUAGCGCACACAUGAGGAGGAAGGUGCCUGCAGGGAUCCUAAAAUUAACAUUUAAUUGACGUCAAUUAGGGGAAAAGCCACGACGAGACAUCCCUACGGAAGACACAUCGCGGGAUUUUGCAGUUUUUUGUUAUUGUUGUUGUUGCAUGGUGGCUCCCUCCACCGUCCAGGUGUCGUCCUCCCCACGCAGGAGGACAGCGUCCACUUCGCCGUGAGCAAUUUUACAAACUUCUGCACCGCCGGGGGAAGAAUAGUGUCAAAAUAGCACUUUGAUAAAAAGGGAGUAAAAAAGAAGGUCCUCUUGAGACCGAGAGCGGACCGACACCACGGUCCAAGCCGACUCCAAGUGCCGUUCACCGGGCGAUGCCAGAGUAAAUGCCGGGGCGAUGUCCCGCCGCAAGCAGGUGAACCCGCAGCACUUGACGUUGAGCCACAGGGAGACGGUGCCAGCCGAGGCCAAUGAUUCGGCGACGAGAUCUCCGUCUCCCGCGCCUGCCACCCUCAGCCCACGGAGGGCGGGGCCCGAGGAGCACGACCUGCUGACAUGCGGCCAGUGCCAGGCCAAUUUCCCGCUGGGCGACAUCCUGGUCUUCAUCGAGCACAAGCGGCGGCUGUGCCGUGGCCCCACCCAGGGGGGACCGGGCAACUUCUCCAAGCAUGGGGAGGCCGGGGGCGCCGCCAGCAUCUCCAUCUCCCCUAGGGUACGCUCCCUGGAGCUAGGGAGGGGGCCUCUCCCUGUGGAGGUGGGCAUCCAGGUGACCCCAGGGAGGGACGAUGACCCCGAGAGGAGGAUGACUCCGGCCAAGGGGAUUUGUCCCAAACAGGAAAAAGGAGACAAAAAUGAGCCUUCCAGCUACAUCUGCACCAGCUGCAAGCAUACCUUCACCAGCGCCUGGUUCCUGCUCCAGCACGCCCAGCACAUUCAUGGUAUCCGUAUCUACCUGGACAACCACCCGGCCAACUGCUCCCUCACCCCCCGGAUGGCCCUGCCGCCCCCGCCCGGUGCCGACGCCCUACCCCGCUCUCCUCUGCCCACCUUCCUGGGCGACGCCAAUAACCCGUUCCACCUCCUCCGCAUGGCAGCACCCUUGCUCAGGGAACACCCCCCACCCCCAGGCUUUAUGGAGACCCGGCUGCCCGCAACACCACCCUUUGUCAGCCCUCCGCCUCCUCCCAGACCCCCACUGGAGCGACUGGGCCCGGAGGAGAUGGGGCUGCUCUCCCAGCACCCCAGUGCCUUUGAGAGGGUGAUGCGGUUAACCCCCAUGGAGCCCCCGUCCAUGGACUUCUCCCGACGUCUAAGGGAGCUAGCCGGCAACACCAACAACAACGGUGGUCCCACGCCGCCCCUGUCGCCCAACCGUGUGCCUCCCAUGCACCGCUUGCUCAGUCCCACGCUCUUCCAGCCUGGUUCUAAACCGCCAGCCUUCCUCACCUACGCCCCGCAGCCGCCCACCUCCCAGGCGGGACACGGUUCUUCGAGCCCCCCUGACGCGCAAGGUCAGAACCAAGUGGCAGCUAAAUCCAAGUCGUGCGAGUUCUGUGGCAAGAUCUUUAAGUUCCAGAGUAACCUUAUUGUGCACCGCCGCAGUCACACUGGAGAGAGGCCGUACAAAUGUCACCUGUGCGACCACGCCUGCUCCCAGGCCAGCAAGCUCAAGAGGCACAUGAAGACACACAUGCACAAUAAGUCCGGCUCCAUGGGCGGCUCCCCUGAAUCAGGAAACAGAGGCGAGGGAGGAGAAGGUGAGGACAAGAGCCAUGAGGCUGACGCAAGAGGCGUGGGCAUGGACAACGAGGAGGAGGAGGAAGAAGAAGAAGAGGAGGAGGAAGAAGAAGAAGAGGAAGAGGAGCUGAGGAACGGAAGUCGUCCAGAUUCCAACUUAAGCGAGGACUCCCAGGAAUUCAACCCCAACAGGGAGAAUGGGCCCAGGCAGUCUCCCAAGGAGAAGCACCUGGCUGGGGAGCGAGUCGGUGAGAGUGGCGGGGUGGGCAUCAUGCACCCCUACAACCAUCUUGACAAUCAUCUCAGACUGAACCCAAACAAGCGAGGCAUGGAGAGGCAGCCCAAUGGGGAGGGCACCAACGGGGGCGACCCGGACAUAGAGCGGCAGAGCGAGAGGGAACAAGACAGGGAGCAGGUCGGGCAGGACACCCGGCCCCUGAUGAACGGCAGGAUCAGCGUGUCCGAAGCUGAAUCCUUUCCGGGGCUCUUCCAGCGGCGACCCACUCCCAUCACCAGCCUCAGCCCGUCCAACAACAACAAGAGAAUCAAGAUCGAGAGGGAGCAGCUGGAGCUCCCACCAGCACUUCCGCUUAUCUCCCCGGAGAACGUCUACUCCCAGCUCCUGGCCGGCUACGCCGCUUCGCGCCACUUCAUCCGGGAACCCUUCUUGGGUUUCACCGACUCCCGCCAGUCCCCUUUCGCUACCUCCUCAGAGCACUCCUCAUCUGAAACGGGCAGCCUGAGAUUCUCCACGCCGCCAGGAGAGCUGAUGGAGGUCGGUAGUGCGUCGGGCCGCAGCGGCAGCAGCACGCCGCACCUCCUGCGAGGUCCCGGACCCGGCCGCCCGCCCAGCUCCAAGGAUCGGCGCAACGACACGUGCGAGUACUGUGGGAAGGUGUUCAAGAACUGCAGCAAUCUUACGGUGCACCGGCGCAGCCACACGGGCGAGCGGCCCUACAAGUGCGACCUGUGCAGCUACGCCUGCGCGCAGAGCUCCAAGCUGACGCGCCACAUGAAGACGCACGGCCAGUUCGGGAAGGAGGUGUACCGCUGCGACAUCUGCCACAUGCCCUUCAGCGUCUAUAGCACGCUGGAGAAACACAUGAAGAAGUGGCACGGCGAACACUUGAUGGCCAGCGAGGUCAAACUGGAGCAAGCGGACAGAAGCUAAGCGCCAGUCGCACACAAACACACACACGCACACACAUCUUCCUUAUGACUACUUCUAGAAGGGGCAUGGCUGGAUAAUCGUUGCAUAAAAAAAUGAGACAGAUUGAUGUUGAUUUUUAAAUUUCCCUCAUCGCCUGAGAAUAUUAAAAGAAAAAGGGAAACGUUUGUCCGGAGCGCCGUCUAAGGGUCAGUUUAGGAAUUCCAUGGAGCCUUUCUACUGUGCAAUAAUUUCUGUAUUUAUUGGAUUUUUUUUGUAAUGAUAUUUGGCAUGUGCAGAUACAUCUUUGUGGGAUUUCAUAUGGUUUUUGAAAUGUGCUCAAAAAGUUUGUUCAUUUCUAUGAAAAUAAGAAAAAGAAUUGGAAAAAAGUCACCCUUAUUGAUAAUGAUAAUAAUAAUAAUUUUGUUUUGUCCUAUAAGGAAGUUUAUUAUCGUGUGAGAGUAAACGUGUGUGAAGCGGUUGGCUUUUCAAAGUCAUUAUUUUCUACAAGAAGUGCAGCAGCGGACUACAAUCCCUCCCCUCCUCUCCAGCACUGAAUGUCAGCCUGACAAUAACACAAAGAUGGGUUUGAAAAAUCCAACAUUAUCCCCGUGAUUCAUUUUUUGGGGGAGAAAAUUUGUGCUUUUUAAAUAUAGGCUUGUGAAUAUAUGAAAAAAAAAAAAAGAGUUAAAAAAGCUGUCCUCGCCUCAGUCAGGACGUAAAACAGAAAGGUUGCACUUAAUGGAGUUAGCGUUUAUUAGCUGAUGCUCGCAACAUUCCAAAUGUAGGAUGGAACCACCAUAUUUAAUAUGCUGAAUAACUUAAGACUACUUGUGAUUAAUGUGAGAGGGGAACAGUCCUGUUUAUGUAAAUAUAUUCCGUUUGUUUUGACUUUUUCUUUGUUUUUUGUUGUUUUUUUCAAAUAUAUAUGCUCAAGUAGCCCACCCCUUUUUCCACCUCGACUGUUCUGAAAAUCAAUCAAGAAGACCAGCUGCUUGCGUCACCGAGUGUGUGUACGUGUGUUAUUGCGUUGUCCCACUUUGAAGCCCACUUUUCACACAUGCUCCGAGCCGACCCCAAACUUGACCUCAGGCACCCCACUUCCCUCGCUCCAUAGCCUCCUGAGAACCAGCGUCCUCCACAGUUGAUGCUUGUCUUUUGCAUCAGCGGGCAUUUUUUUCAUUUUUUUAAAAAAGUGUAACUAAAAAAAAAACAAUCUACCAAAUGCGGUUAUUUUUUUAUUUCCAAAAUGUCUGCCAAAAGUUAAAAGAAAAAAAAAAUGUCCGUGGCUGUGGCAUAACAAGGAAAACACAUUUUUAGAGAUGUGUAACUCUGACAAAAGAAAAAUCUAAUUUCUACUGGUGUUAACGUUUGUAUUUUGCAUAAGGGGCUGUUUUUUUCUGAAUUGUCUUCGACAAAAGAAAUAGACCACAAAUUGGACAUUUGUAUUUUUCAUAACACGGCUAUUUUUUUUUCAAAAUGUGUAACUAAAAUGUCUAACUCUGACAAAAGAAGCAAAUGUCCUUUGCAGUGGACGGUUGUUCUCAGGAGGACAAUUGACAAAAAGCCAUUCGGCGUCUGUGACAUUUGUGGACUUCUCUGCUGUCUCUUCUCCCAGAAGAUGCGACAAAACCCUUCAAAAAAAAUUAAGAACUAAAAAGGGGACAUGAGUUAUGAUAAUGUUGAGCACAUCUGGCCGCGUGACCUCGAGUCUUGUGAAAGAGAAAGAUUGGAAUGAGGAAGAUGGAUAAAGACGAGUGAGAAAAAAACCUUGACCAGGCAGACGAGUCAUUCAAAUGAAAUUGGAAGCAUAUGAAAUGUGUUUUUCUUGUAGCCAAAUGCGCAUCAACAGGCCACAUCGUCUUCUGGGAGGGAGACGCGGCGAAGCCACAUGAAAGCAGGCGGAGGAGACGCCAUCUUUCAUUUUCAGCUUGGAAAAAGUUUCACCCUUGUCACCGUCUUGUCCAACCAUGGCCAAUUUCCUUUAUCGAGCCAACAAAAGCCUCCAAAGGCUGAGUUUUUAUCAGUUCAGGUUUGGGCCAAGCAGAGCGAGACCAAUAAUUCAAACAAUAAGUUUACAGCGUUGGAAGUAUGACGGCCAUGAGAAUACUACGGUGUGUACAAGUAUUGUUUCCUGUAUGUGUGCGGGAGGAGGAGGUGUUUUUUUCUCAAGGAAAUCCAAAUCAAUCAUGCCAUGCUUUCUGAAGAGAGCGGAGCCAUUUUGUGUUUUAUUUUGAAAGGGAGUUUCCUGUCUCAACAGGAUGGCAAGACGGGAUGAUUAAAAAUAACAAAAGGACUGAGAUUAAAUGUGCAGGGACACUUUUCCAAGAUAGACAUUGUUUUUUGUUUUGUUUUUUAUGUUUUUUUUUGUUGUCAUGGUUGCUUGAAGGUCUUGUGACGACACUCAGUUGUCAUUUGAAAAAAAAAAAAAACAUAACAAAAAAUAACCUUUUCACAAGCUUCACUUUGGCUCUUUGUACAAAAUAGUUUUCCUUGUUCCCUUUUUUAUUUUGGGGCGGGAUGGGGAGGGAAGAGACGGGUGGGGCCGGGGGCGAGUGAAUAAUUGUGGGGGGAAAAAAACGUGAUCUCAGAACAGUACACACUUGCUGUUUUGGGAGCAUAUAUGUAUUUUUGUAAUGUGUUGAAAAAUCAAUACAAGAAAGCCAACACUUCAAUAAAUGUUGCAAUUGCUCUAUGAUUGAA